AACCACUUCUUGAAUGACAAACACAACACUUGACGUCCACUUCAAGCCAGACAACAGUCAACUCAAAACCAAAAGAUCGCAAUUAAUUGCAUCCAUUGGUAUUGCAGUGUUUGGCGGCGUUUCAGUCAGUCUUUUGGCCAUUAGUUUGCCGUUUGUUUGGCCAGCAUUUCGGCGACAAGUAUUACCAUAUAUUCCGGCCACCGAUACUCAGGUCCGUAACGUAUUGUCACUAUUAAGACGGUCUGAAACGAAAUCAGUGAUUGACUUGGGUUCGGGCGACGGAAGAAUUGUCAUUGAAUGCGCCCGACUUGGCCUACAAUCACACGGCGUUGAACUCAAUCCCUGGCUUGUCUUAUACUCCAAGUUUAGGUCACGAUUAUUAGGUACCAAUCGAUUGACACAUUUUCAAAGAAAAGAUUUGUGGAAAAUAAAUACAUCCAAUUAUGAUAAUAUCGUUAUUUUCGGUGUUGAAGAUAUGAUGUCUUUACUUGAAACUAAAAUUAUAAAAGAUUGCAAACAAAGUGGAAAUUCGGUUAAAGUAAUAGCCUGUCGGUUCCCAUUACCAAAUUUGAUACCUAUUGAAAUAAUUGGCACCGGUAUUGAUACUGUUUGGCUUUAUAGAUAUCCCAAUCAUAACAGAUUAUAUGAUUCAAUGACAUAACUUAUGUGAUGUACGACAGGUUUUUUCUAAUGGUAUUUGCAAAUUAAUUUACGGAAUAUACAAUAUUAAGUGUCAAAUAAAUAUAUCAUAUUUUUGGCGACAGUUUUAAAUGCAAUGAAAAAAGUU